UCUCUCCCUAUCGAUCCACUUCCUUCUCAGUUGCUCGUGCCGCUGCCGCCGUCUCUAUCAGUUUCUCUCUGUGAUCUCUCUUUUUUCUCCCAUAGCUCCCAUAUGCAAGGGAAGCCGUUUUCAGUUUGAGCUUUGUACUGGGAGCAUCAACCGUAAUUUGCGGACACAGAUAGACAGAAACCGGAAGCCAUGUCCGUACUGAUUGUAACCAGUCUGGGGGACAUUGUGAUCGACCUACACACCGAUAUGUGCCCCUUGACUUCCAAGAAUUUCCUGAAGCUCUGCAAAAUUAAGUAUUACAAUGGGUGUCUGUUUCAUACAAUACAGAAGGACUUUACUGCUCAGACUGGUGACCCCACUGGCACGGGGACUGGUGGCGACUCAAUCUAUAAAUUUCUCUAUGGGGACCAGGCUCGAUUUUUCAGUGAUGAAAUUCGUCUUGAUUUAAAGCAUUCUAAGACCGGCACUGUUGCAAUGGCCAGUGCUGGGGAAAAUCUUAAUGCUUCUCAGUUUUAUUUUACCUUGCGUGAUGAUCUCGAGUACCUUGAUGGCAAGCACACUGUCUUUGGAGAGGUUGCUGAAGGACUAGACACCUUGACUAGGAUUAAUGAAGCCUAUGCAGAUGAGAAGGGCAGGCCAUACAAAAAUAUUCGAAUCAAGCAUACUUAUAUCCUGGAUGAUCCAUUUGAUGAUCCGCCACAGUUAGCUGAGCUCAUUCCAGAUUCUUCUCCUGAUGGGAAACCAAAAGAUGAGGUUGUUGAUGAGGUGCGACUAGAAGAUGAUUGGGUGCCACUGGAUGAGCAAUUAGGUCCAGAAGAACUUGAGGAGGUUUUUCGAGCAAAGGAAGCUCACUCCAGAGCUGUCGUGCUUGAAACUAUCGGAGAUAUUCCUGAUGCUGAGAUAAAGCCUCCUGAUAACGUGUUAUUUGUUUGUAAACUGAAUCCAGUCACAGAAGAUGAGGACUUGCAUACAAUCUUCUCUCGUUUUGGCACUGUAUUAUCGGCUGAAGUCAUCCGUGAUUACAAGACUGGAGAUAGUUUAUGCUAUGCCUUCAUAGAGUUUGAGACCAAAGAGGCAUGUGAACAAGCAUAUUUUAAGAUGGACAAUGCUCUGAUUGAUGAUAGAAGGAUACAUGUGGAUUUCAGUCAAAGUGUUGCAAAACUUUGGUCCCAAUACCGACGCAAAGAUUACACAGCAGAUAAAGGUAGAGGUUGCUUUAAAUGUGGCGCUCCUGACCAUAUGGCUAGGGAUUGCACCGGCGGUUCUACAAAGUUCAUCUUGAAGGAUGAUAACGUACAGCAUGGUGGAGAUGAAUCAAGGUAUGACUUUGUUUUUGAUGAGGACAAUGGAAAUAACCAGAGGAAAGAAAGGAGACGUCGAGAUCAUGAUCAUGAUAGGCAUGUUGAGAUGCCAAAUGCUAGGAACCAAAGCCCCACUGGGCGUGAGCGAUAUGGAGAAAAGAAGGGUGCAAGUGAUAGGAAUGAGUCAAAUGACAGAAAUAGAUUCAGAGGGAGAGAGAUGCAUCGAGAAAAUAAGGACAGACAAUCCCGUGGAGACAGAGAUGAUUUUGAAGACCGAAGGGACCAUGAAAGACAAAGAAAGAGACAGAAUGAGAGAGAUGACCACAAGAAAAAGGAGUUGGAUUAUAAAAAAAUAUCUUUGAAUGAUCAUGACGCAUAUGGCAACCGGGAUUAUGAGGCUAAUAGAAACAGAAGUGGAAGGGAAUAUAGUGACAGGUCAGAGAAGAGGAAGGAUGAGGAGUUUUAUGGCAGAAGGCAUGCAGAUAAGAGUAGCCAUGAAGAAAAAAGGCAAGAUAUUCGAGAAUAUAGGAAGGAUGAACGAGGUUAUGGAAAAAGAAAUUUCGACAGUGAAAAAGCUGAGAUGAAAGAUGGGCCACAUUAUAAAAAAAGAUAUACAGAUGAUGACGGUUACAAGGACAGGAGAGAUGAUGGUUACAAGGAAAGGAGAGAAGAGCGAGAACCCAGAAGACGAAGCAGGGAAGAGUACAAGGAAAGGUAAGGAAUGAGGUUGGUGCAGAUGACAAUUAAACAAACUAUCUCCUGUAGAUAGAAUGUCGCAAGGGCUGAUGAAGGCACUUCAUGAUGAUUGUCUAUGGUAAAAUGCCUCUUGAAAAUUUAAAAAGAAACAAAAGAAAAAAGGUCUGUAAACACAAUUUCCGCGUUUCAACCUUUGUAAGUAGGUCGCUUUUGCAAAGCAUUAUUUAGUAAUGAUAUUUGACCAUUUGUUCGUAAUCGUAUAUUCCAUUUUCUUAAUGCAUUCUUCAGUAAUGAUAUAUGACAGUUCCUUUUUGUA